AUGAAUCCCUCCGUUAUCCGGUCAGCCAAUAAGCUGCGGCAGCUCAAACACAUCGGCAACCGGCCCAAUUCCUCCCCAGUUCGAACAAUCGCCAAUGUUUCUCCCUCCUUCGUCAACCGCCGCUCCGAUCAUUACACUCACCUCUCGCCUCGUCAUUCGCGGUGUCUUUCUGCUCUCUCUUACAGUAAACACUUCCGCUCCGGUGACGCACGUCGUGAAAUCUGGAAGGAGAUGGUGGACUAUUCCGUGGUUUGGCCUUCUAGAUAUGUGCACGCCCCAAUUAACUUGGGCAUUCAUGUUGUGCCGGAUGACAAAGCUUACGUGGUGGAGAGACUCGGGAGAUAUUUGAAGACACUGUGGGGAGGAACGCAUCUAUUGAUUCCCUUGGUCGAUCGCAUAUCCUUCGUCCACGGUUUGCGAAACCAGUGUGUCCCUCUCUACCCACUUGUUGCCACUACCAAGGACAAGAGAAGGGUGACCUUGGAUUCGUUCCUCAGCUACCGUAUUUUUAAUCCCAAGCUAGCAUCGUACGAGGCCAAGAAUCCACUUAGUUACAUGGUUCUAAGGGCUGUGGACGUUAUGCGAUCUGAGAUCUUUAAGAUCAACUUAAAAGAUCUUGGCGUUAAGUUGUUUGAUAUCACGGAGAAGGCAAAGGAAUUGCAGAUGGUAAUGAAGAGUCUUGAAUUUGAAGGGGUUGCACCAGACAUUAAGGAAGAUCUAAUAACUGUUCAAAAUUUUGCAAAAGCUUUGAAAAGCCCAGAGUUUGCUGAAAAUCCUGUAGCGAGAGAUCUGCGGAAGUUGGGAGAAACCAUUAUAACCGUGGCGAAGAUGGCAAUCAAAGCAGCAAAGAGAAAAGAUGGUGCAUCUUCUGAAGUUUCGAAGGAGAAGGGUGAGGGUGCCAUGGUUGGGGCCAUUGGGUCAAUCAAGAAGGAAGAGGCGGUGAAGAAAUAG